ACAACAGACACGCCGAAUCAAUUAGGCCGUAAACUCGCUUUGACAAAGGAUUACAGCUCACAGAUCAGUCGCGACGCUGGAUGUAAAUGUGUGAACGUAGAAGUAACCCGUGAUUCAAAAGACAGCAACUCCUGAACAUCGUCCUUCUCUGCUCAGCUGCCAUGGCCGAGGCAUCCGACGGCAACCCGUUCAGCUGCGCCUUCUGCCUGGACCAGCUUCGAGACCCGGUCACCGUCCCGUGCGGCCACAGCUUCUGCAUGCGCUGCCUGACGGAGUACUGGGACCGGCGAGCGGCCGCCUGUCCGCAGUGCAGGGCCACCUUCAGCCCCAGGCCCAAGCUGUGCAAGAACGUCCUGCUGGCGGAGAUGGUGUCCAAAUUCACAGCCAUGAGCCUGAGCAGUGAGCCGUCCGCUCCACCCAUGCACGAGGUCCUGGGCCCCGCGGGGGGCCACGGCUUUGACCACGCCACUUUUGACGUGUCCUCAGUGCAACCGGAGAAGAAUGACGCACAGAGGCUCGUGAAGGACACAAGGAGACACAUUGCAGAGCAAAUUGAAGAGAAAGAGCUGGAAGUUAAGCAGCUGAAAAAGAUGAUGCGAACCUUCCUUAACCUGGGCGACGCCGCGGGGCGGGACAGCUGCAAGAUCUUCGCGGAGCUGCAGGACUACUUCCAGCACCGACAAGCCGAGGUGAAGGAGCUGAUCCUGGCCCAGCAGGAGGCCGAAAUGACUCGAGCUGAGAACCACCUGCAGCACCUGUCCCGACAGAUGUCGGAGCUGAAGAGGAAAGACGACCAGCUGAAGAGACUCAAGCACGUCCAGGACCAGAACCUCAUCGCGGCGACGUGCCAGUCACUCGCCGUUCCUCCGGACAGCAGCAGCUCGUGGACUUCCAAUCCAAAUGUCUCCUUUGGGCCAGUCAGGAAUGCCCUGGCAGACCUGAAGGAGCGGAUUCAGGAACUGUAUGAAGUCCUGUUCCCCAGUGUCGCCUCUGCAGUUAAAAAUGUCACUCUUCAAAAGAUGGACACGGCUUUCAAGGCAGAGGCUUGCGAUCCUGCAUCCAUCCUGACUUUGAACAACCGAAACGAUCUGAUGCAGUAUUUCGCCGAGCUGUCUUUUGACCCGUUCACCGCCCACAAAGAGCUCUCCCUGGUGGAAGGAAACCGCACGGCGAGGCGAACGGGGGAGGUCCAGUCGUACCCCGAUCACCCGGACCGGUUCGACACCUGGGUCCAGACUCUGUGCCGUGAGGGUCUGGAGGGCCGCUGCUACUGGGAGGCGGAGUGGGACGGGCAGGUGACUCUGGGACUGGCCUACGAGAGCAUCGGGAGGAAGGGAUCGUCUGACGGCUGCAGGCUGGGACACAACGCCUUCUCCUGGAGUCUUCAGUGCACCCAGUCCUCCUUGACCUUCUGUCACAACAAGCGGGCGACGGAGGUCUCCGCCGGCGGCCCGCCCCCCCGCAGGGUCGGGGUCUUCCUGGACCACAGCGCCGGCGUGCUCUGCUUCUGCUCGGUGACGCCCUCGGAGGUCCGCCUGCUGCACCGUGCGGAGGCCAGCUUCGGGCAGCCGCUCUACCCCGCCGUGUGGCUCGGCAACAGGUCGACGGUCUCCCUCUGCGCCGUGGACUCGCUCGGCGCCGCCGUCUGAACGACAGAUCAAUAAAUAUAUGCAACUGAACCUGAACUGAACUGACUGAAAUGUUAUUCCAGAAGAGGCCGAUACUUGAGUAGGAACAGUGUCGGUAACGGUGACACGCUGACGGCUUUAAAAGACACGGGACCACGUUUUCAGUUGUAAUUUAUUUCAGUAUAUUAAGCCUUUAGCUUGCUGCUACAGCUGCCAGUCACUUUCUUAGAGGUAGUGGAGUCGUGUCACGUGGCACUUAUUUAGGUCUGCUCAGGCCAAUCUCGACUGCUGUGGGUGCCUGCUAAUGUCUAUAAGUGACGAGGUUCUCCUAGGAAACUGCUAAUUUGCUGAGUUAUAAGACCAAAGUAUUAAUAUUUGAUAUUUAUUAGUGAAGUAACACUAGCUGCGUGCAUGUUUUCUGUAUGUCUGUCUUCUGUGACCGGGACCCCUUGGGCAAACAGGUCAACAGGGCAAAAACGGGUGAACGAGACGCGGUGGUGCUAAUUAGCUCAUUCGUCAGGAAAGCUGUCGUCCUCUGAUAAUCAUAGCCUUCAAUGGAGCUGGAUCCUUCUGCACCAGCCUCCAACCCAAAGAGUUAUGUGUAGAACGUGUUCUCUGUAUCAGUGGUCAUGUAGCAACACCUCAGUGACUUGUUCUUUCAUAGUAAAUUAUUGUAUCGUUAUUCACGGUGCCUACGGUUUGGAGGUCUAUCUAAUACAGCCAUAUUUUUUUUCUACUUAUUUUUUGUUUUUAAUGGUUAUAAGUUACACACUUGGCUCGGUGUAUAAAAGCCAUCACUGUGACUGUUUUGUUCCCCUUCACAAAUGACCGGGAAGAACUGAUGUAAAAUAUCUAUCGAAGGUUGUA